GCUGUCUGUAUCUUCUAUCUAGUGCUGCGUGCCCUGGACACUAUAGAGGAUGACAUGACCAUCAGCCUGGAUGUCAAGGUCCCCAUGCUGCACGAGUUCCACUCCUUCCUCUACCAACCAGAGUGGAAAUACACAGAGAGCAAGGAGAAGGACAGGCAGGUGCUCGAGGACUUCCCCACGAUCUCCAUGGAGUUCAGGAACCUCUCCAAGGUCUACCAGGAUGUCAUUUCAGAUGUUUGCCACAAGAUGGGCGUGGGGAUGGCAGAGUUCUUGGAGAAGAAGGUGGACUCCCAGCACGAGUGGGAUGAGUACUGUCACUACGUGGCAGGGCUGGUGGGGAUCGGCCUCUCCAGGCUCUUCUCUGCCUCAGAGCUGGAGGAUCCCAUCAUCGGGCAGGACACACAGCUGGCCAACUCCAUGGGCCUCUUCCUGCAGAAAACCAACAUCAUCCGUGACUACCUGGAGGACCAGCUGGAGGGAAGAGAGUUCUGGCCCAGAGAGGUUUGGAGCAGAUAUGCCAAGAAGCUCUCAGAUCUUGCCAAGCCAGAGAACAUUGAUGGGGCUGUCCAGUGUCUGAACGAGCUGGUGACCAACGCCCUGCACCACGUCCCUGACGUCCUCACCUACCUGUCCCGCCUCAGGAACCAGAGUGUCUUCAACUUCUGUGCCAUCCCCCAGGUGAUGGCUAUUGCCACGUUGGCUGCCUGCUACAACAACAAGCAGGUGUUCAGGGGUGUGGUGAAGAUCCGGAAGGGACAAGCUGUCACUCUGAUGAUGGAUGCCACAAACAUCCAGGCUGUCAGAGCCAUCAUGUACCAGUAUGUGGAAGAGAUCCACCAGAAGAUCCCCAGCGGGGACCCCUCCUCCAAGAAGACCCAGCAGGUGGUGGGCUCCAUCCGUGCCCUGAGCUCGCCCGGCGGCCCCAUGGCCUCCCGCCCACACUACUCCCCCAUCUACCUGUCCCUGGCCAUGCUCCUGGCAGCCCUCAGCUGGCAGUACCUCAGCACCAUCUCCAGGGCCGCCGAGGAGUACGUCCAGGAGAACUGA